AUGGACGCCUUGUCCCGCCCCGCUGUCGUCAUCGACAACGGCACCGGGUACGCCCUCCAUCCUCCCUACCUCUCCCUAGAUCUGCGCGCGGAGGCGCGACGGCGGUACACGAAGAUGGGGUUCGCGGGGAACGUGGAGCCCUGCUUCAUCACCCCCACUGUCGUCGCCGUCAAUGAUUUCUUCUCCGGCUCCGCCCAGCCGGCGGCGAGGGGCGCCCCCGCCAGGGGGAACUGGCUUGCUCAGCACAGCGCCGGCGUCAUGGCUGACCUCGACUUCUACAUCGGCGAGGAGGCGCUGGCCCGAUCCCGCGCCAGCAGCACGCACAGCUUGAGCUAUCCCAUCCGCAACGGCCAGGUGGAGAAUUGGGAUACUAUGGAGAGGUUCUGGCAACAGUGCAUCUUCAAUUACCUCCGGUGCGACCCGGAAGAUCAUUAUUUUCUUCUAACUGAGAGCCCUCUGACUGCCCCUGAGACCCGGGAGUAUACUGGGGAGAUCAUGUUCGAGACGUUCAAUGUGCCCGGCCUCUAUAUUGCUGUCCAACCUGUCCUUGCGCUCGCCGCUGGGUACACUACCACCAAGUGUGAAAUGACAGGUGUUGUAGUUGAUGUGGGUGAUGGGGCUACCCACAUCGUUCCAGUUGCUGAUGGAUAUGUCAUUGGGAGCAGUAUCAGAUCUAUUCCAAUUACAGGCAAGGAUGUUACCCAGUUUGUUCAUCAACUUCUAAAGGAAAGAGGUGAGAACAUUCCACCAGAAGAAUCUUUUGAUGUAGCAAGGAGGAUUAAAGAAAUGUACUGCUAUACUUCUUCAGACAUUGUGAAGGAAUUCAAUAAACAUGACAGGGAGCCAUCAAAGUACGUUAAACACUGGACGGGCAUCAAACCAAAAACUGGUGCGAAAUACACAUGUGAUAUUGGAUAUGAGCGAUUCCUGGGGCCUGAGAUCUUCUUCAACCCAGAGAUAUAUAACAACGACUUCACCACUCCUUUGCAAGUUGUUAUUGACAAGUGCAUCCAAUCAUCCCCAAUUGACACGAGGAGGGCUCUUUAUAAGAAUAUUGUCUUGUCUGGAGGCUCGACUAUGUUUAAAGAUUUCCAUAGGAGGUUACAGCGGGACCUAAAAAAGAUAGUGGAUGCACGGGUCCGUGCAUCUAAUAGUCGGCUUAUUAGUGGAGAUGCUAAGGCCCAGCCUAUAGAAGUGAACGUGGUCAGUCAUCCAAUUCAGAGAUAUGCGGUAUGGUUUGGCGGCUCUGUGCUUGCUUCAACUGCCGAAUUCUACGAGGCUUGCCACACAAAAGCAGAGUACGAAGAGUACGGUGCGAGCAUCUGCCGAUCGAACCCUGUUUUCAAAGGGAUGUACUGA